UUGUUCCAGUGCCAUUCGCGAAGCAAACAAUGCAUUUGUUUUAUUUUUCGCCUCCAAAUAAGUAGGAAAACUUAUUGUCUGCAAUAAAAUAAACAAUAUAUUGAAAUAAACAAUUUAUUGCAGCGAUAGCACAUGAAGUGUUGCGGUGUGCGAGUUCAUUAAACAUAGAUAAUUAUACUGACUGCAAUUAUUCAGAACACGUUUAGCGAUUUGCGUUGGCGGUGACUGCGGCAACGCACUGGUUAGCAGCAAUAAUUUAUAAUUAUUUACAUUAAAAUUAUUGGAAUGAUAUAACGAUAUAGUAAAGUGCCAGUGGGAAAAAGAAAAACUAUGUUGAGAAACUGAAAACGCAGUGAGUUCAGUGUCCUCUAUGCCCUUUGUGGCAAAUUUGUUUCCGUUUUUUGUAUUCUCUCUUGAUCGGUUGCGUGCUUCAGCUAUUCGGCUUGUGAAUUCUUGUUUUUACCAAUUAUACUAUCCACAUACUCGCGUUUUUUUUUUUUUGGUUUCUGUUUGACGAUCAUUUGCAUAUUUUAUAUAAAGUUUAAUACGUCACGCGUUUAAACGGAACAAAGUAAAAAUAAAAGAAAACUCGAUAGUGGCUAUUAGCGUGUAAUUUAUACAGACUAUUCUGGAAACAGGGUAUAAAGUAGUCGCUGCUUACAGCGAAUUUUUCUUCCAGCACACUUGACACUGCAAAGUGAAGGUAGCGCGUAAAUAUGUGGAAGUGUCACAAAUGUGGAAAACCAGUCUAUUUCGCGGAGCGCAAACAAUCGUUAGGCUACGAUUGGCAUCCAGAAUGUUUACGUUGUGAGGAAUGCGGCAAGCGGCUGAAUCCAGGCCAACAUGCCGAGCAUAAAGGAGUGCCUUACUGUCAUGUGCCAUGCUAUGGUGCGCUCUUCGGACCGCAACUAUUCGGACAUGGCACACGUGUGGAAUCACAUAAGAGCUAUGGUGUAAAAGGAGCACAACGCUCUUUCAUUGGCAAUGGUGGCCCGGUUUUGCCUAGAGAUCAUUUGGAGAGUAAACUAAAGGUUUACAACCAAUUUUACGACAAUAAGAGCAUGGAAAUAAGAAGCCGCGAAGUGAAUAAUCGGCUAAUACUAGAAGGUGCAUUGCGAGUUUCUUGGGGUGUACAUGGUGUGAUACAUCUGAAAGAAGACGAUGAUCAGCGUACUCUCGUUGUGCGUAAAAGGAAUUCAAAGCGUGUUUCAAAAGCAGCUGAUGACAGCCCAUCGGAUAAGGAAAACGACAUUAGCGAGUCACUGGAAGCGCCAACAACAGCAAGUGAAGUCGAAAACAUGUCAACAGAUAUAUCGCUCUCAGAGAGCAUGACAUUCGACUCAAGCAGUUUGAAUGAAUACCCGCUGACAGAUUUACCCACAACGCCAGAAGAAGCCUCUGCCAAUACCACUGCUGGUGCUGAUGGUGCUGCUGUGCCUUUACUAAACGGCACCAUUGGGCGUGCUAACGAUGACGAAGAGUCCGUAUCCACAAGCACUUUAUGUGGCACGGAUACAACGAUCACUACAGCAUCCACCAGUUGCAUGUCGGCAACUUUGCCUUCGAAAUUGGAUAAUUUAGAGAAAUUGGAAUGGGAUGAGAUCGACGAUUUACUACAGGUGGAGCGUCGCGUUAGCGAAAAGGAUAAAAUUUAUGAAACGAUGCCGGUGAAAUUGCCGUCGUCCCAAACGUCUUCCAGCGGUAGCUCACCCUCAAAAACGAUUUCGGCACACAAUCUCACCGAAAGCACGAAUACCACCAGCGAAGUGCCAUCGCCAUCGCCAUCAUCACCAACGUCUUCUUCCACAACUACCAAUAAUAGUAAUAGCAAUAGUGAGAGUACCAGCACUUCUUCCGACAAUUUUGUCACCGCAACAUCGGCGACCAUAAACACCAGCACUACAACAGCGGAUAAUUUCGAGUCGUCCGAUGAUGCCACACUCAAACCGAUGGAUUUUGAGGAAUUCAAACGUAGUGUUCAUCUAGAUUAUGUGAGUGGUGCCAAUUCGUUUCGUGAGCCCAACGAGGACUCGCUGAAGCGCAACCAGCCAAUCGAUCCGUCGAGAAUAAACGAUUCGCUCAAGUUCUACGGCGAGAGCCCGAUGAGCAAGAGUUUCAAUUGUGAGCAUGCCUUGCGUUCCAUCGAUGCGAAUUUAAUCAACGAUACGCUACAUUUGAAGAGCGGCACUGCUAGUCCUCACUCAAUGCAACGCAUGUAUGCCUUGCAAAAGAGUGGCUCCGCCACAGCAGCAACGGGUGGCAACACCAAAAAUCUAUCAACGUAUCAAUAUGGACACCACCAUUUCGAUAAGGGCAUAAAUCGCUCCAAGUCAGGACCGUCGUGUUUUGAUUACUCGGACAGCGAUGAUGACGACUCAACGCUGAAACCGCAACAAUCGGCCACCAUACGACGUAGUGAUGUGCCGCAACGGUAUCUGAAAAUCGAAAUGGACUGCUAUCCGAAAGAUAACGACAAAGGUAGUGUUAGUGAGGCGGAUUCCAGUCGCGCCGAUGCGCCAUCAAUUACCGUGUCAAACAGUGGUAACGCUGGUGGCGAUGAGUUGACGCAGACGGAGGAGAUGUACACGGCUAGCAGGGGAGGCGGAGAGAUGCACAAUGGCGGCGUUGGCGGUGAUGAUGAUGAUGAUGCCGAUCCACCGCUGCAUGUUACCGAGGACGGCGUGGUGUUGCGUAGGCCGCCUCGCACUGGUGCCGCAGCCAUCAAGCGCCGCAGUGGCAACAGAAGAUCACGCACAAAAUUAAAGCGUCGCUGUUCCAUCAAUGGACACUUUUAUAAUCGCGAAACAUCGUUCUUCACGCCGCCUUACGGUUCGCUAAUGUCGGUGUGGGUCACAUCGUUGGUCACCACAAACGAUGUGAUCAAUUUGCUGUUAGAGAAAUAUAAGGUCGACAGUGCUGUGGAGAAUUUUUCGCUCUUCAUUAUACGCGAUAAUGGCGAACAGAAACGCUUGAAAGAGACUGAUUAUCCGUUGUUGACGCGCGUCAUGAUGGGACCGCAUGAGGAUGUGGCGCGGCUCUAUCUGGUCGAUGCGAAGAAGACGGAUGAAAUUAGCAAUGAGGUGGCUCAGUUCAUAAACCUCUCACUGCCCGAGUGUCGAGCAAUUUUGGAACGCUACGAUGAUGAGUUGGAGCGCGAAGUGACCAAAGUUAGAGAUAGAUAUGCCGAGUUGCGUCGUCGCAUCAUCAAUCGCAUGGAAUCGCUGAAGGUGCAUCUAUAAAUAUGCUUCAAGUUUGCCUCGUUUACUCUUUUACCGUACUUUUACAUUUACAUUUCGUUUCAAUUUCUAUUGAAAUCGUUGUCUCAAAUAUUUUUUUCACGCUCGAUGCGUGCGCACUUAAACUGUUGUAACAGCUCAAAUAUCAUGCAAAUAACAAAUUUACAUAGUUUUAGUGGUAAAAAUGCACAUAAGCAGCAGAUGUAACGCAUUUAAAGAUUCUCAAUUAGCACAAAAAUAAGGGUAAUUUUCGAAAAUUAAGUUUUCGAAAACUUCGUUUGCGCCAAAAAAUCGGUUUGAAAACUUCAAUAUUGAAUAAUUAAAACACGAAAUUGUGCUGCCUUUUAGAACAAUAAUAGAAAUUAAAAUGUUGUAGUAGUAGCAGCAAUGAAUCGACGAUUUGAAAAACAUGAUGUUUUAGAAACGCUAAAGGUUCGAAAUAUGUCAAUUUGUUGUGAUUCGAAUAUUGAAAAAUACUGCAAAUCCUGAAGUUUCGUAAUUUAAUGCUGUAAAUUGUUCUAAUGUUCGAAAUUCGAAAAUUAAAAAAUUUCGAAACGUCAACUUUUCGAAAAUAAAUACAAAUGUUUGAAUUUUUUGCUAUUUGAAAAAAAAAUCUGAUCGCAAAUUCUUGAAGGUUUUUGAAUAUGUUCGAAUUGCUAGCGUUUCGAAAACUAAAUUAAUGUUUCGAAUUUGAAUCUUAAAUAAUUUCGAAACUUAAAACUUUUUAAAAGUAAAAAAUAUGAAAGUAAAAAAAGAGAAAAAAUGUUCGAAUUUUUAACUAUUUGAAAAAAAUCAAAUCACGAUCCUUCGAAUGUUUCGAAAACUUAAAUUUUAGAGAAAAAAUCUUCGAAUUCUUAAUUACUAAAGAAAAAAUCUCAAAUCAUAAGUUAGAAAUCUCGAUUCGGUUGGUGACUUAUACCAAUUCGAAUUUGUCGAUUUACUUUGAAUCCAUAGCGUUUACUGUGUUCGAAUUACUUUUCGAAUGUGCAAGCAUUUUUCAUAUAAUUUCUAUAACGUGCUAAAUGAAACAAAGCUCCAGUGAAGAUGCAAUAUAAUGUCAAUUGAUAUAAAAUACUUUUAAAAACAUUUGUGAAUCUCUUUUUGAAAUUCGUAAGAGAAUGCUCCUAUAGUAUAUAUAUCGUAUAAGCGUUUCUUUUCAAGAAGCAUUACACGUAAAAAUUAUAAUAAUAACAAUAACAUAGUUGUCUUCGAUUGGACAAUAUUUGGAGAGUGUCGAUUCGAACAAAUAACUGGUAUAAAUUAAAAGGACUGGUAUAAGCAUUAGAAGGGAUACUAGAGGGAGUUUAUAUCGUCUGCCUAAGGCAGCUACCGGCUGUUUUGUAUUGAAUAACAUUUUGUUACUGUCUUUUGUAACUCGUUUGACAAGAUGACCGUGUUCAAAUCUAGUGUGUAGUGUUCGAAGAUGCGGAUACAGUUUGAACAUAACGAGCAGAGAAGUAGCGAAUCGAAUUUGGCCAAUAUUUCAACUUAGCCAUACAUAUAUUUGAGCGAAAUUCUAUUUUAAGCAGAAAUUGUACGCUGCCAAGCCAUCUCAAAAUGUUUAAAGUAUUCAAAAUUACUCUCACCACAUAUUUUCUAUCAACCUAGGCUUCAAAUUGUAACAAAUGGGUGUUAAACGUGCAAGUAUUAUUUUUAAAAUUUGGAAUUGUGCAACAUUUUAUUGCAUUUAAAUAACGGUUAAUAUGUGUAAUUGUCACUAACAAAUGCCAUUUUUACUUCGAUUACAAACAAUUACAUAAACAUAUCCUUAUAAGCUAUAUACAUAGGUACUUUGGUUUGUUCACUCGCUCCUGCCAGCGAGUAAUAACAAUUUAUUUAUUAACCAAAAAUUUUUUGUUUAGCUUUAAGUUACUAAAAAAAAUGUAAUACACAAUUACAAAAACAACAUAAUCAAAACUAUUAUUAUUAUUUUUAUUUAAUUUUUUUAUUUUUAAUUACAAUUUAUAUAAUUAGCAUAAUUAUGCAAUACUUUUCUUUGUAGUAUUAGUACAACAACAAAACAAAUAAAUGAACAAAUGUUUGCAAUAUAAAUACAAGAAGCAACAAAUUAAUGGCGUGAAGAUCAUUUUUAAU